CAUCAGAGGAAAAAACAAACUACACAACAAAGCAAAGCUACCACGGCCCAGUGUAGAGUAAAAAUGCUCACAAAUUGAUUAAAAAAAGUUGUAGUUGUAGGUUGCUUGCAGCGAUAUCUUCGGUGCGAUCUCUUCAGUUCCCGGGCGAAGGAAGGCAUCCUGUUCGAAAGUUCACCACUAUCUUUGCACCCACCAUGGCUGCCAGCAUCAACAGUUUGCCCAACGAAAUCCUUGAGUUUAUCUUUAGCUUGCUUCCGCCCUACGAACCCUUGGAGCACUGCGCCGCAGUAUGCAAACGAUGGAAUCUCCUAGCCACAAAUGUGAGAGCCCGAAAGAAGUCCAACCUGCAGAAAGGGCUGAUCGAUUUCAACCUUUGCUGGAAGGAAAUUUUGCAAGAAUCGACGCCCCGCAUUGCGGCCCGAUUCGCCCAUGCCAGCUCGCUGCAUCGGAACUCGAUGUACGUGUUCGGUGGUGCCUCGUCGUGCGAUACCACCUUCAACGAUCUCUGGAGGUUUGACCUGUCGCGGCGCGAAUGGAUCCGACCGAUAUCGAUGGGAACGUAUCCGUCCCCGAAGGCGGGCGCCUCGCUCGUCUGCCACAACGAUCUGCUGAUACUGUUCGGGGGUUGGCAGCAUGCGUACACGCCCUUCCACAUGUGCACCCUGAUCGACGAGCUGCACGUGUACAACAUAGCGGAAAACCGUUGGACCAUCCACAACCAGGCGUACGGGCCACCGCCGAUGACGGGCCACUCGGCCUCAGUGCACCGCAACAAGAUGAUUCUGUUCGGUGGCUACCAGAAGAAUAUGGAAAAUUUGCGAACCUCCAACGACAUAUGGGUGCUGGAUCUCGAGCGACUGGUGUGGAAAAAGCCCGCCGUUUCCGACCUUAAGCCGGCGCCUCGUUACGGCCAGUUCCAGAUGGCGAUCGGGGAGGAUCACAUUCUGGUGCUGGGCGGAACCGGAGGCGUGAAUCGCGUCUUCAACGAUGCAUGGCUGCUGGACAUGCAGCGCGACACGUGGGUGUGGAAGCGGGUGCAGAUCAAGAACAAGAAAAGCAUCGUCACACAUAACUGGUGCUAUCCGGCCUGCAACGUCGGUUCGAAGGUGAUUGUGCUCGGACCGACGUCACCGAACGAUUUCCAAAUCAUCCGUCCGAAUCGCGUCCCGCCCAUGGGUCGGACACGGCCAACCGCAGAACAGCUGCGCAACCGAAUAGGUGCGGCGCCCCAGGGACCGAUGCAGGCCGGAGAACCAAACAUUCCUCCUAGGGCGAAUUUGCCGCCACCUCCGCCAGCACCGAUGCAACCCACCCUGCCAGGACCAUCACAAGGAGUGUCGCCCAAAGAGAGCAACCCAUCGUCCGGCCCCGGUCCAUCCAAACCGCCAUCCACAGUGAACAGUGGUGUUCCGGUUGUUGAGGCGCGACCUGGUCCAUCCGGGCUACGAACUCCAAGCAGUACCGCGUCUGGACCACCGUCACGCUCCAUGCCCAUUAUAAGGAGCGCCUUUAGUCGCCAAUCGUCCGAAGACGACCACCUGCCGAAACGCUUCAAUCAGCAAAAUUUGGAGCAAAAUCACAUGGCGAUGGUUGCGUUCAGUGUCGACUCUUCGAACCACGCUUCGAACGCUUCAUUUUCGCACGAGAGAAAGCUGGAGCUGUUGCGGAAAUUGGAAGACAAAAUAUCGGCCAUGCGGCGAGCCAAGGAAGCCGAACAGCAGCAGCAGCAGCAGCAACAGCAACAAAGGCACGGCAUCAGGGAAGUGAACAAUGCGGACAGGUCAAUUAACAGCACCGGUGGUUCGCCGGACCCGGUCACACCGAAACGUGUCAAGCGGAAUGGUCUGGCAAUAUUCGUGUGCGAUGUGUCCAAUCUGCUGCCGACGGGUGGCGCAGAACCGUGCAUCGAAUGGCAGGAGUCGAAGAACAGCGGGCUAAUAGCGGGUGCACCGGACCACUACACCUUCUCCACGAUGAUCAACGGCAACGGAGAGCUGAUCGUGUUUGGCGGUUUGAACAAAAACCAUAAAUCGGAAAAUCUGUGCGUUUCCAACUCCGUACACUUUCUCACCGUUCCGACGGCUGUGGUGUAGAAGCGUUUGGCCCAUUCGAAGAAUGCUUAGCUAUUGUAACACCAUUUUUACUUUAUAAUUUUAAUCUUACACUACAGUCCAGCAAAUAAAUUAAUUGUUGCACGAGCGAAAGCGAA